AUGUCGUCCAAGGAGCCGCAGCCCAACGAGGCUGAGAAGAAUAUCGAGAUCUGGAAGGUCAAGAAGCUGAUCAAGCGUCUUGAAGCCGCCCGUGGAAAUGGCACAAGCAUGAUCUCGCUCAUCAUCCCGCCAAAGGACCAGGUUUCACGCGCUGCCAAGAUGUUGGCUGAAGAAUUUGGCACUGCCUCCAACAUCAAGUCCCGCGUCAACCGUCUCUCCGUCCUUUCGGCCAUUACCUCCACCCAGCAGCGCCUGAAGCUGUACUCGAAGGUCCCACCCAAUGGCCUCGUUGUCUACUGCGGUGAAAUCAUCACCGCCGAAGGCAAGGAGCGCAAGAUCAACAUCGACUUCGAGCCCUUCAAGCCCAUCAACACCUCGCUAUACCUCUGCGACAACAAGUUUCAUACCGAGGCGCUGAGCGAGCUGCUCGAGUCGGAUCAGAAGUUCGGCUUCAUCAUCAUGGACGGAAACGGUGCCCUUUUUGGCACCCUCUCAGGCAACACCCGUGAGAUUGUUCACAAAUUCUCGGUCGAUUUGCCCAAGAAGCACGGUCGUGGUGGUCAGUCCGCCCUGCGUUUCGCCCGUCUGCGAGAGGAAAAGCGUCACAACUACGUCCGCAAGGUCGCUGAACUGGCUGUCCAGAACUUCAUCACCGCCGACAAGGUCAACGUAGCCGGUAUCAUUCUGGCUGGGUCCGCUGAUUUUAAGAACGACCUCAAUCAGUCUGACCUGUUCGACAACCGCCUGCAGUCCAAGGUCAUCAAGGUCGUUGACGUGUCUUACGGAGGCGAGAACGGAUUCAACCAAGCCAUCGAGCUGAGUGGCGAGACGCUCAGCAAUGUCAAGUUCAUCCAGGAGAAGAAGCUCAUCAACGAAUACUUUGAUCACAUCUCCAAGGAUUCUGGCAAGGUCUGCUACGGUAUGGAAGAUACCUUGAAGGCCUUGGAGGCCGGUGCAGCCGAGACUCUGAUUGUCUUCGAGAAUCUAGAGAUCACUCGCUGGGUCCUCAAGAGCUCCGAGGGCGCGGAAAUCAUCCUCCAUACCACCAAGCUCCAAGAAACAGACCGAAGCCUCUUCAUGGACAAGGAGACUGGCCAAGAGAUGGAGGUCAUCGAUCAAGGCUCCAUGCUCGAGUGGCUCGCUGAAAAGUAUCGAGACUUUGGUGCGACGCUCGAGUUCGUUUCCGACCGCUCCUCCGAGGGCAACCAGUUCGUCAAGGGCUUUGGUGGUAUUGGCGCCAUCCUUCGCUACGCGCUCAACUUUGAGCAACUCGCCGACUUCGAUGAUGACGAAGACGAAUUCUACGAUGAUUGA